CUUCAAUCCAAUAUGUCUGCGCCCACCAAGUCAACGUGGAGUGGGACGAAGGAAAGUGGUUUGCCAUUUUGAACGCAAUUACAGGCAUACGGAAUGAUGGUUAAACAGAAAGGAACAAAGCGUAAGAGGGAGGAGGGAGAUGACAUACUCAAAGAGGCACCCAGAGAGAUUGGGGUGGUAGAGUACGUGGAGAACCGAGCCGCAGAGAUCAAGGCCCUGCACAAGUAUCUUGGAGUGUCGAGGAGCAACCGUCUUGUUAUGCAGCUUCUCCCUAAAGGUCUGAGGCGGCGCGCCCUCAGUCACAACAUCAAACGACUGCCAAGGCGACUCCGGGAAGCUGCUAAGAAAGAAUAUGUCAACCGGGAUACAAAGGCACGGAGGAAACCUCCAAGUCGAAAGUUUCGUCGGCGCCCAAAAAAUUUACUGGAAGAAUACAACAGAAGACAGCGAAAGCAUGUCUGGUUAGAGACCCACAUUUGGCAUGCAAAACGAUUCAAAAUGGAGGAGAAAUGGGGAUACAAAAUUCCAAUCCAACCUACCGAUAAAAGCAAGAGAGCAUCCUACAGGUCUACAAAACACCAUUGUCUCAUUCAGGACCAUUCGUACAUGUGUUGCAUAGAGCUGAAAGGGCCAGAACAUUGCCUAUUGGAUGGUCUUUGUCACAUGACCAAUAACUCAACAGGCCAGACCUUUGCAGCCAAAGGUUGUCUGUCGGGGAUUAGGGAAGGUCACACCAUGCUCUACUGCUGCGAUCAGUAUCCACUCCAGGCCAUUGGGUGUGCCUCAUUUCUAUGGAAACCAGUGACAGGAAGUGAUAUCACAGUGAAAACUGUCAGGCAUUUAUGGAUAUGGGUCCACCCUGCCUGUCACGAUCAGAUCUGUCAGAACCUGGAGAAAUCAUUCCAGUCAUCCGGGGAAGUCAAGACAGUAACUCCAGCAAAUAGCACAGGAAUUUCAAAUAGGGACAAUGAUAAAACAGAAACAGAUGAUACUCCCCAGGACAAGUCAAUAACAUCCAAAUCUGUACCUACUGACUCGGACAACAAUGAGACAUCAAAAGAUAAUUCUAUAAAACCAAAUCUAAGUUCAAACAAUUUGCAAAAUAAUGACACUGACAGUGAGAAGGAGCUUGUGCCCUUGAAGGUGAAGGUUGGUGAGGUGGAGAUAGAGUCACUGAAGGAUCGUCUGGUGCGGUUACGUCUGACAGGUCCCGCGUCCCAGACAGUCCUAGCACAAACACUUCAGGUGGCCGACAUGUUGCCACAGGCAGGUAGCAGUGACUUGUGGUGGCAUCAGCUCUACGGCAGGGAUCACAUGGCCAUCGCUCACACCCAGCAGAGGCAGUUCUGGAAUGAGGUCACUAAGUGCAGAUCUCCAGGGGAGCUUACUCCGCACCUUGUGUUGGGUUUGACGGUGAGAGACCCCAGGAUCCUCAUGCCUGACAUCCGAACUAAGGCUACAGAAACCCAGGAAGUAGUGGAGAGCGACUCUUGUGCCAUGUCUGAGGCUCCCGUACCAGAUGUGUCCUUAUCGGCCAUUUGGGACCAAACAGUGAGGUCCAAUGUCAAACAAACCAAAUUAACAGACCAGAAACUCAAUCACCUGAAGUCAGACCACCUGAUACCUGGAACUCCACUAGAUCUAGGUGAAAAGGAAUCCAAAAUCCCCAUUAUCCUUAUCCAGACUCCAGGGGUUAGGUCAAGGUCCAAUGGUCAGAGAAGUACAGCUCCCAGUUACGGUAGUGGAUGGGACAUAGUGAUUCCGGCUGGAUGGAGCAUGGCAUUCUGGGUAGCAUUUAAUUACAGGUGUGCACGUGCAGGUGGACUGCGGGAGUCUGAAAGUCUGGCUCAUGAACAGGGGGUGUUGCACUUCCCACAGGGCUACCCAGACACUGUUGUUGGUAGAGAGGACGAGACGAAUCUGUGCCACCAAUUAAUGGAUACGUACAACAAGAAACCUCCAGCCAAGCGUCCUAACUACACCAAGCUUGGCAUCCAGUGCCCAUUCCAGUUCCCAUGGAGAAGCCUAGUGAAGCAGUGGGCAGUGAAAGAGGAAAUGCAAGAUGAGUGGAAUCAAACUGGAGGCAACUUUUAUGUAAUGAGAGACAAAACAAUUUUGAAGAAAAUGAGUAAAGUUCUAUCGGAUGUAACCUGGCGAAAGUUGUCCAAUGAAAACAAAGAGAGCUUAUUUACGACAAUGGUGUCUAUGUUGAACAAGAAUGAUGAACUUCUGACUUUGGGAAACAAACACACCAACUGUUUAGUGCCAGUGGAGGUUACCAUGGUAACUCGAGGUUGUUCUGAAAGAUUUGCAAACAUAGCCAUUCCACUGCAAGAGGAUUUGGCAAGGCUAGUAUCAAACCCGAAAUCUGGCGCACCCAUGGAAACGAUUCACAAAGAGGAAACGAGGAGAGAGAAAAACGAGGAGAAAAAGAAAAAAAGAAAGUUACAAAAGAGUGGAGGAGCAUGUAAGACAGAAACAAUGGAUAGUGCUGGUAAAAAUAAGGUUGGAAAUGAAAACAAAAACUCUGCUGAUGGUCAGGGUGAAGCACUUGAUGUUGAUGAGAUCAGUGUCGACCUCAUUGACAGCUGUAGUCGUCCUGUGAUCGGUUACAUAAAGGAAGGAGGGUUCACCCUGGGAGUCGGUAACGGUAGGGGUCUGGGGUUUGUCUCCUUCAUCGGACUGUUAAAACUGCUGGACACAGUGCCACACAAGCUGCCUUGUACAGUGUUGGUUAGAAGCACAACCUCUUAUCAGUACAGAUAUGCUUACAUCAAUAUCCCUUAUUAAAAGAAUGAAACAUUUGUUGUGUUUUCCUCUGUACUUGUUAACCUGACCAGCUCUGAUGAUAAAGUCAUUGGACUGGUAUAUUGUCACUUAAGUCAUGGUGUAAUACAGUGUAUACUGUGAAAUCAGUAAUGUUUUGGGGCCCAAAUUUC